AUGGAUGGACGUCGGUCGAAGCACAUUCCGAUUGCGUGUCGAUAUGUUCCAUACGACCAAUGGUUCCUGACGCACGCCGACCCGACAUGGAAGAUCAAGCACCUCAAGCAGAGCAUCCUUGCCAGGGCACUCUCCUUACCAUUCGACCCUCGAGGCCUUACCCGCGAGUCUGCUGGCCGUGCUCCAUCGCCCAUCACCUUUGCACCUGAGGAGGGUAGACGGCCAGUCAGCCCAAUCAGAUUCGCGCCAGCACCUGCUGUCGGUCCGAGGAAGAGAGGAGACAACGAAGCUGUAGCAGCAGCAGAGAAAGAGGAGAAGGUCGGCGGAGAGGAGGGCUACGAGGAAGAUGUCGAAGAAGAAUGGGAAGAUGCAGCUGAGGACCUGGACGUUACGCCUACGGCGACGAUGGGCGGGCGGGUGCACGUUCCCUCCACCUCCAUUACCCACAGCACGUCAAGCUCAACGCCAUCAACGGGCCCUUCCUCGUCCGUAGCCCCAACACCCAUCCACACACUCUCGUCGCACCCGCUCUCGUCGCACCCGAACCUGCAGCAAGCGCAGAGGGACCACGACAACCAGAUCCUGACGGCGCCGUUCACGCUGAUCCGGUUCUCGACGGGGCAGAUCCUCGAGGAGGACUUCCUGGUGUCGUGGUACGACCUGUGCCCGUACGAGCUGGUCGAGAUUCACUGCUCGGCGCCGCUGGGUGGGUUUGUCGUCUCCGUCCUCCUGGGUCCUCUGCUCGUCAACGGCGGCGAGAUGACGAGGGAGCAGGUCGGCCUUCUGGGCUCGGGCCUCGGUGGGACGUCGGCGGUGGCGACUGGUGUGACGGCGGAGAGGGUGCUUGGACUACUCAACCUCAACAACACCGUCAAGGCAAAGGACCACAAGGACAAGGACAAGGACAAGGACAAGCCGACGGACACGCUCGUCACACUCGCCUCAGCAUCCUACACACCCUCCACCCGUCUUUACAUGGUGGCCCUGCCCCGACACCUGCCCAGUGCGUACGUACAACCGUACUGGGAGGGCUGGGUGCGCUGUCUCCGGGUCGUCUGGCGGCCCGAGGUCGAUGCACGGACGGCAGCGUACUACGGGUACGACUACGACAAGAGCUCAAAGUACACCAUGGGGCAUGACUACGGAGGUGCUUCCGGUGGGAUGGGCGCGGCGAUGGGGGUGCUCGUUGGAGAUAUUGGUGUUUUCGACAAGCCCGGGCAUGACCGACAUCGAGACCAUUCAAGAGAUCGCCAUGGUCAUGAUUAUAGGAGGGACGGACAUGGGUAUGAGAGGCGGAGGUUGCAGAAGACCAAGCUCGAAUGGAGGGAAAGAUGGGUUGUCAUUAGGGAUGGAGUGGUUCGUUUGUGCAAGGACCGCGAUGACCCAGAAACGACACACGUCUUCCCACUCGCCUCCUUAACCGCCCUGCGCGGGGCCUCCCACCUUGCGCACUCGGUUGGGCCGAAGGGACGUUCUGGUGCUGGUGCCUCUCAUACUUCCUACUCUCAUGCGGGCUCCUCGUACCAUCAUGCUGGCGGUGGUUCGUCUUAUGCCGGCUCAGCACUGGGUUCUUCGAUGUUCUCAAACUCGACGAGAGGUGGGAGGAGGGACCUUAGGGCUGACCGUGGAGACCGUGGUGAUAGGAACGAGAGGAAUGACAGGAAUGAAAGGAGCGGCACGUUGAGGAGGAGCACGUCGACGCCGCGCAGCCGAAAUGCCGUCGACGACCGAGCUGGUAAAGGAGAUAGGGAUAGGGACAGGGAUAGAGGCAGAGACGACGUAGGCACGACGAGCAUGCCGUCCCUCGCCUCUACACGUCCAGCGAGGAGGGGCACGGUUAGCGAUAUCCGGCCUCUGAGGGGUGCGAGGGACGAGGGCGGAGGAGGAGGAGGAGGAGGGUUGGGUGUGCUGUCCGCCCCAGCAAGAGAGGAGAGGAGCUCGACGAGCACUAGUGCUACGGCGAAACCUGCCUUGACGUCAACGUCCGCUUCUGGCGCUGGCGCUGCCCAUGCCUCGACCACUAGCGGUGCUAACACCACCGUGGCUACGGCUACCUCCAACCCUGCGCCACUAACACCCGAACAAGCCGCCGCGCAACGCCAGCGCGAACGUCAAGCUGCCAACCCCACCAACAGCGCGAGCGCUGAAGAACAGCGCGAACAUGAGAGGGACCAGCGCGAACGCGAACGCAGGGAGAGGCAGAAGAAGAGGGAGAUAAGGGAGAAGCAGGAGAGGGAGCUUGAGCAUUUGAGGAAUUGGGAUGACUUUGGGGAGGACAGGGAGAGGAGGAAGGUGAAGGAUAGGGAACGCGAGCGCGACGGGGAUAAAGACAAGGACAAGGGGAAGGACGGCGAGAGGGAGAGGGAUAGGGCCGACCGUGAUCGGGACCGGGAGGCCGGCCCGAGCACCGCUGGUCCCAAUGGAAGUGUCGCGAGUGUGGCGGGGAGUAAAGCCAGUGGAAGUGGGAGUGGGAAGAGCGGUAGCGGGAGUGGGAAGAGCGCCGCGGGUACGGGCACGGGCGCGGAGAGGAUGGAGCGCGCGAAGGAGGCGAGGGCCAAGACGCUCGAGAGGGAGCGGAGGGAGCGGGGUGAGAGGGAGAGGAGGGAAAGAGAGGAGAGGGACAGAGACAGGAGGGACAGAGAGGAACGCGAGAGGGAAGAAAGAGAGCGAGCCCGCGCGAACGACCGGACGUACAUCCCUGCGUCGCGCGAGGAGGCGGAAGCGGCGGGGAUGAAGAUCGUGUGUGCGCGGUUUACGGUCGUCAAGGCUCUUGGUGGUGGUGGUGGUGGUGGUGGUGCGUCGAGCUCUGUUCAGGCGGUGGUGCAGGGGCAGGAGCAAGGAAGAGCUCAACGCGAUGUUGGGCAAGGAGGGGCAGCAGCAGCAGCAGCAGGCGACGACGGCCACGUCCAGCUGCAUAUCGACGCCGGGCGGGAUGGCAGGCGGUACACGAGCACGGGACCGAGUCUGGCGGGCGACGUUGCUGUCUUGAUCGACCAACGCUCCGAAGCCCAGAGACCCCAUGGAUCGACGAGCGCGAGCGCGAGUGCUAGUGCGACGCCUAGUGCGCAGGUGCUUUCGUUCGCCUCCUCAACCACCCUCCAAGGCACAGACGAGCCCACACCCUCAUCAUCUGCUCAACCUCAUGGACCAACCUCCAGCCACGGCCAUAGCCACCUGCACCACGCGUCAAGAAAAGCGAGCAUACCAGGCCUGAGCGGGCUGAGCGCCAGCCUCGGGUUGGGCCUUGGCGGCGCGGGCGUGUCGCCUGCUGCGUCGAGCGUGAGCUUUGGUGGGUCGAGUUUCGGUGCUGGGGGCCUAGGUGGAGGAGGGGGCAGUUUUAUGGGUGGGUUCUUUGGGAGUCGGGAUAGGGAUAGGGACAAGGACAGGGAACGGGAGCGCGAAAAGGACAGGGAACGGAACAAGGACAGGGACAAGGAUAGAGAAGGCGAGAAGGGUGGUGUCGACAAGGAUGGGGAGAGGGGGAGAGAUAAGGAGAGAGACAGAGAAGGAGAAGACAGGUUCACAGACAAAGAAGAAAAGAAGGCGCGCGAGAAAGAGAGGAAGCGGGAGGAGAAGGAAAGCAAGAAGGAGGAGAAGAGGAGAAGGAAGGAGGAGGCGAAGGCGAAGGAGGAGGAGGAGGAGGUUGGGGUGGGCAGUGGGUUGAGUUGGAAGAUUGGACGCAGGAGAGGAGGAGGAGGGAAGGAUAAGGGGAAAGAAAGGGAAGAAAUUGAGCUGGAAAGACUCGGCCCGGGCGUACGGAAUGGGACGACGACGGAGGAGGAUGCGGAUGAGGAAGAUGAGGAUGGUGGGUUGGAGUAUGUCGACUAUCCGACGGCGACGGCGACGGCAGCGCCAACUACGGCCACAACGACGGCGGCACAAACGCCCGCGGUAACGCUAACACCUGCGCUCUCCACCGCUCUCCCUUCCACUUCCACACCCGGUCCCGGUCCUUCCACCUCCACCCCCACCUCCACCCACCCUCUUGUCGGGCCCUCAACACAACGCCAACCUCUCCCUCUCCAACCCCUCUCAACGCACCCCUUCCAACCCUCCGGUCGACCAGCAUCCCCCUCCUCCAACUCCGACUCCUCAAUGUCCCUCUCCUCACCCGUCUUCGCACGGAGCACCGACGACGACGACGCGUCCCCGGGCCUCGGGGAGGAGGAGUGGUCGGAGGACCCAAGUUUGGGAUAUAAAAGGACGGGGUAUAGGUAUGGAGGGUAUGAGCCGCGGUUGAGGUUUAAGGAUGUUGAGGGGAGGGAUGGUAGGGAGGGGCGGGAGGAUAGGCAGGGCGCUACGACAACGAGCAUGAGUACCAGCGCCCGGCAAGUGCAGAGUAAGGAUGGAGGGCAGGGCAAGGAGGGGAAGAAGCCCCAGAGACCGACGGUGCUCACUUCCGGUCUGGGAGCGGGUUUGGGUGCUGGCUCGAGUUUGAAUGCUAACGCGAAGGACCGCGAGCGGCCGGCGGAACGCGGUGUAGAUCGAGACAGGGAUAGGUUGGGUGCAGAUCGGUUGGGUGCAGAUAGGGUGGGUGUUGGAGGGGACAGGGACAGGGAGAGAGCACGAACCCCACGCAGACGCGAAGAAGAGCGCGAACGCGGGCGGGGCGAGUGGAUCGUGCUCGAUAUGGGGAACGAAAUUGCAUUCAACUCGAUCCUCCAGAUCCUGCACCGGCACUUCGUACCGCCCAUCGUGUCCGAGUUCGUGCCCGAUGCGAUCGCAGCGAUGGGGUUGUCGCCAUCUAUCUCUGCGUCGGUGGCGAUGGGCCUCUCGCCGUCGAUAUCUGCGCCGGUGGGGGUGCCUAUGCCUUUGUCUGCGUCUGCUUCUGCCUCGACAUCAGCUUUGGCAACACCUUCAGCUGCGGGCCGCCCACCAGCGUCUCCGAAUGGGCAGACCGAGGACCCGCGGAGUCAAUCCCAGCGGCAAGGACAAGAGCAGCGUCAAGCGCAACGACAAAGCCAAAAGCGCGAGAACCAGCACGCGUCGGACGCAGACUCGGAGCACGACCCCGACCCCUCUGAGCACGGACAUUCGCACGGUGGUGGGCCGUCCCAUUCGUCCAGUCAACUCCUGCAUCCACCCGCCCUCGCCUCGUUGUCCGUACAUCCGCUCGCCCGUUCUCGUGGCCGGGCGCGAUCACAUUCCUACUCCCAUGAGGAGGAGAGUGGGGGUGAGGAGGAACAUGAGGAUGAGGAUGAGGAGGAUGAGCGCGGAAGCGAGGAAAGCAGAGAGGAUGGAGAGGAGCACGAAAGUGCCGCAGCUGCGACUUCGUCUUUCUCCAAGCAUCGCAAGUCCAAAUCCAAAUCCAAGUCCAAGUCCAAGUCCAAGUCCAAGCUUAUGCCAAAAGUUAAGGCGAAGAGGCACCCAGAUCCGUACGGGUACACCCUCGAAGACGACCUGUACGAAGCUGCGCUCUCCGAUACUCACUCUGUCCACUCUCACUCUUUGCAUUCUGUCCAUUCUGCGCACUCUUCCCACCCCAACUCCACCGACUCAGACGGCUCCGACUUGGACCCCGAAGGCCGCGUGCCCCUCGCGCUGCUCGACGACCUCGACAGCGACGCAGACGACGAAGAGUCAGAAGUGGAGUGGUUCGCGUGGCCUGCGGACCUUCCGCGCCAGGUUGCGAGGAGGAGGGCGGAGGAGGCGGAGAGGAGGAGGAAGGUGUUGGCGGAACAGGAAAGGGAGAGGCAGGAGACGUUGAGGCAGGAGGAGGAAGAGGAGGCGAGGAGCAGGAAGGAGGAAGAGGAGAGGAGACAAAGAGAGGAGGAGGAGGAAAAGAGAAGGAGAGAGGAGGAUGUUGGGUUUAACGAUCCGUGGGCAGAGGGCAACGCGUCGAGCACGCUCGUCGGUUCCUCCGCCUCCAACGUUGCGCUCAACGCCGUUACUACAACCGCGUCGACCAGCACCAGCACCAUCUCAUCAGCCGCGUCCAUCGCCUCCGUCUCAUCCAUUGGGUCCGCAUCGACCGCUACCGCGCCCUCCCUCGCGCGAUCUACUUCUACAUCCGCGCGGUCUCUGCAGUCCAAUAACAUUCCCCUCCCUCCCACACCCACCACCGCACCCCUUACCUCUACCCCUUCUCACAACACGUCCAGUCUGCCGCUGCAGGUCCCGCUGCCCGCGACGCUCCCGCGCACGCAGGAGGAGGAAAGGAGAUGUAGCAGGCGGAAGUUGGAGCCGAGUGCGGUGUCGAGGUCGGCGUCGGCUACAUCAACUGGAAGCGCGGGUGGGACAGGAGGAGGAGGGGAAAAUAAUGUAGUGAUUACGGGUGCGGGUGGGUUGGGUUUGGAUAGGAGGCCGAGUACGUUGUCGUUUCAAGGGGCGGUAGGGCUGGAGAGGAGCGCGUCGACGGCUUCGAGGGUCAGCGUCGCGCCUUCCAUGUCUGCCUCUACCUCCGCGCACGGGACUGCCUCUGCAUCGGCUUCGGGCACGACCUCGCUCUCAACAUCCGUCUCGGGGCUGGGGUACGCCUCCAGCGCGAGCGCGAGCGGCCUGAGCACCCAGCUGAGCACGCCGCCCCGAUUCCCGCGGUCGUCUGCGUCUGCGCCUGCCCGUCGGUUCGCUGCCCAGAGUCAGACGCACGCGUUGAGCUCGCCGUCGUCCUCUGAAUCUUUGUCCGUCGGGCCUGGACCUGGACUUAGACCUGGCAUGGGUGUGGGAGGACUAGGAAAGGGAGGAGGAGUGGGAGGGCUAGGUAGGAGACCGCUCUCGCCGGAGGACGACGAGGGGUACGAGGAGGAGGAUGGGGAUGCGUAUGGGGAUGGCGAGGGUGAGGAUGGGGAUGGGGACGGGGAUGGGGAUGGGGAUGGGAUGAGCUCGUCGACGACGCCGCCUAGUGCCUCUCCGCCUAGGAAGUUGACUCAAAGCCAGUACUCACGUCAAACACAACAAACACAACAUGGACAUCAAACCCAGCACCAGCACCAGCAGCAUCCAAGUCAACAUAGGAGGACGCACUCGAGGUCGGUCUCGGGCGGGUACGCGCCGUUCGCUGCUCUUUCUGCGAGUACGAGUGCGAGUGGAGGAAGUGUGCAGACGACGCCUGAAAGGGAGCGAGAAAGGGAGAGAGAAAGAGAAAAAGCGUUGGCUCAUUCUUCGUCGAUGCCGCUCGUUUCCGCCCAAGGUGCAGCGAGUACAGGAAAUGCAAUGACACCGUCGAGGAGCAGGAUACCCACGCUGGCGUCGACACCUACGCGGUCGUCUUCCUUGCAGGGCACCUCCAGCUCUGCCCAUAUUACCCCAUCGACCUCGACGCCUACACGUUCGGCCCAAACCCAACCUCAAACACCCCAACGCCAAACCCCACAAAGAGAGCGCGACCCACUCGAGAAACACAUCCUGACGCCCGCGCAGAUCUCCGCGAUCGAGAGCGAGACGGAGGAGUGGCUCGCUUCGGGGGGUGCAGCGGCUCAGUACGCCUCAGCCUCAGCACCGCAGUACGCAAGGGUACCUCCGGUGCCCAGUAUUCCUGUGCCGAUCCGUACGCCGACGAUGGGUGGCGGGUUGGGUAUGUCAGGCUCGCCGCCUGCGCAUGCCCAAAGUUCACUUGGGCGUACGGCAGGCUAUGGCACGUGCACGGGUGCGGGGCUUGGGCCGAGCAAAGGCAAGGCACCUAUCAGUAGUGGGGCGGGGUACGCGAGCGGGUCAGGCAGCGAGAAGGAGCGCAGUAGCGAGAAGGGUUUGAGGAAGAGACUGAGUGAUCUUGGAAGGGGGUUUGGGUAUAGUUCGUCGAGUCAUGCUGAGAAGGAGCGGGAGAGGGAGAGGGAGAGGGAAAAGCAAGCAAUCGAAGAAUACGAGAGAACGACAGGGUACGCCACGCCCUCUGCUCUCAACUCGCCGUCCGCGUCUGCUCACCACACGCCCCUGAAAUCGUCCAACUUGAACGUUAACGCUAACGUCGUGAAUUUUGGUAGACCGAUGAGCCCCACACGUCCCGUGAGCCCGACGGACCCUAGGCCGAGCCUCUCGCUCAUGAGUGCCAACACGAACACCAAUGCCAAUGCAAGCUCGACGAAACAGAGACCAAAGCUCUCCUUACCCGGUCUUUCGGUCCUUUCGAGUGGAUCGAGCAAGGCCAAGAACGCGAAAGAGGAGAUCCAGAGUCCGACAAAGGGUAAACACCGACUUCGAGGUGGAGGAGGAAUAACAUCCUCUGCGAUUGGAACAGGACUGAGUGGAGGCGUGAAGAGUCCCACGAGCAGUAGCACACCGUCCGUAGGCGCCUUCCCCUCAACUUCGACUCCGAGCGCCGGUGCGAGUGCGUAUUCUUCUGGUAUCGGGUCGGGGGCUUCGUUCUCUACUGGCUCGGCCUCGACCUCGACCUCGUCAUAUGGCGGCUCGUACGUGACCGCGGCAACACCGCAUACGGUGCCGAGCUCUGCGACGCCGUACACCGCCGCUGCUGGCCCUCCAAUGAGCCCCACGACCGCCAACGCGCUGUCUUACAUUUCCAACCCCUCGACGAGUGGUACGAAUACGAACGCCGUGGCCUCAGCCAAGGCCCUCCUCCGACGCGUGCGGUCUGGGUCAAGCCUGAAGACGCCAAUGGAGGUCCACCUCGAGGAGGGGUUGCCAUCUAGUGAGGAAGGUGCCGGGGUUGUUGACGCGUCCUACCCUCCGUCAAGCUACGUCCCACCCGCACCCUCCUCAUCGCACGCCUCAAGUUCCACGCCUGCGCACCCGUCCGCAGCCUAUCCAUCUACUUCAACGCACGCGCACACCCCGAGUAAUGCCGGAACGCUUAGCGCGAUCAGCGUCACGACUACGACGACGUCUUCGUCUGGGGGUAGCUCCACGCUCGUUUCUGGUUCCUCUGACCCUGCGUCUGGUUCAGCGGCAGGGCAGCAACAAGCACCCCAAGGAGGGAAGAAAAAGAAAAAUGCGAUAGAUAGGAUCGUGCGGAAGUUGGAUUCGACUUUGGAUUUCGUCGAGGGGCUGUGA